AUGGAUCAGCAACCUAAAAAUGAUGCUGAUUUUCUUGAACCUUCAGUACUCUUAGAUGAGACACAUUACCAGGAAGGCUACAAAAAUGGUUAUCAUGAUGGCCUGUCAUCCGGAAAGGAAGAGGGACGGCAGGUUGGUUUAAAGAUGGGUUUCCAGGUCGGUGAAGAACUGGGUUUUUAUCAGGGCUGUCUGGAUGUGUGGACGUCAGCAACUCGCAUUGAUCAAGAUGCGUUCUCAGCUCGGGUCAGGAAGAACAUUGAACAACUAGCUGCACUCGUAAGAAGCUAUCCGCUGUCCGAUCCAGAGAAUGAACAAGUUCAAGAUAUGAUGGAGAAGAUCAGGCUGAAAUUCCGGGUUAUCACUGCAAGUUUAGGGGCGAAAUUGGAGUAUGAAGGUCGGCCGGCACCAUCGAAGCAGGACGUUGAGGAUCUGUGA